AACACCCUCAACAUUAACGUCGCUUCUCACCGCUUCAGAGCGCGCACGCAGGAAGUUCCUGUCCUGUCGAGAACGCGAGAUAUGACGUAAGCCGCUUGCCCGCGCAGCGAUGAUGGCGGUGCGUGAACGCGCAGUAAAAGUAAUGGCUGCUCUGGAUCGGCGGGUACCUAGCCUCGAUGAAUUCGUUGGUCAAAGCUGGACUGCCUGGGCCGACUGGGCUAGUGUGACAGCGGCAGAUGGGCCUGAUGUGGACGACUGCAGCAAAAAUGGGAAGAAGGCUGCAGAAGCUAUGUCACUCAGUAAAGAGGACAUGUCCAUCUUUGGCCUGUACCCGGGCCACGAUGACUUCUACCUGGUGGUGUGCAGCCACUGUGGCCAGGUGGUGAAGCCUCAGGCCUUUGAGAAGCACUGCGAGCGGAGACACGGGCCCCAGGCCAAGCUCUACGGCAAGCUGCGCUCUCCCAUGCCGGCCCUCCAGCACCAGAGACCCUACCACGGCCACUCUCCCUCGCAUGGGGUCAACCCCCCCUCUGCGUCGUCGUGGGAGGCUCGAGGGCCGAGCGUGGGGCAGCCACGGCCCGCGCCCUCUUCCCCCUCCACCCCACCUCAGUACAGAUACCCGAAGAACGCCAAGGACGGAGUACGGCUUUCGCCCCUGGAGAAGUCCAUCCACAGCAGCCACAAAGAGGCGGCCGUGUUCAAGCCGCCGCCGCCCCUGGAGCCUCCGGUCCUGUCUCCGCCUCCGUCCCUUCGAGACCCUCCCUGGCCGCACGGGGCCCCACCCGCUGGCCGGCCGGCAUCCAGCGACAAGCCGCCCCCGCAGAGGAAGGACUCGCCCCAGCUGUCUGCCGUGAUGGGCCACCGGGUCCCGAGGCCCUACAACAAAGUGGCCUCCAAAAGGGAGUGCGAUCUGGAUAAGCACUGCGGCGUCCUCGACCCCGACAGGAAGAAGGUCUGCACUCGGCUCCUGACGUGCAACAUCCACUCCAUCCACCAGCGCAGGAAGGUGGUGGGUCGCAGCAAGAACUUUGACCAGCUAGUGGCAGAACUUAAGAUGAAGGUCCGAGAGAAGGGAGCCCAGGCCCUGGAUGGAGGCUUCUCUACCGGAGGGUCACCCAGUCCGGAGGCCCCCAGGGAGCAGGCCGGUGUCCCCAACUGCAGGAGACCUCUGGCCAGCCUCCCUGCGUUCAGUCGGUCCAUGGCCGUGUCGGAGUGCGCCCCGGAGGAGGAGAAGCAGUGGCAGGAUGAGGCGGGGCUCCGGGCCCCGUCCCCUCUGCUGCAUGGACACAUCUCCACUGACGACAGCGAGGCUGAAGCGGCUGAAGAGCUGCCAGACUUCCCUUCGUCUACCACACACCCCACACCUGCAGCGGUGUGCUCGUUCGGCAGCCACUCGUUGGGUCACGGGAUCUACACGUUUGACAGAAGGCUUCACCACGUGCGAUCGGCCCUCAGCAGCAUGCUGGAGCAGCAUAUCAGCGCUCAUCUAUGGAAGAAAAUACCUCAAGCCACAGACCUUCUGUCACCAACCUCCUCAGCCAAGUCCAUCAUUUCUUCUUCUUCUGUCUCCAUAGCAACAUCCUCCUCCUCUUCGUCUCAUUCUAAGGUUCGCGCAGGCAGUCACAUCAGCUCGUCUCUCAGAAACGCGUCGUCCUCCCCCAGCCGGGGACCGGGCAGACCUCUGACCGCGCCGCAGUCGGAGAAUUCUGGCGGUGGUUUUGCCGGUUCUGGUUCUGGCUCUGGUUCUGGCUCUCACCCCCUGUCCUUGGGGAAGCCUGGCCUGGGGCGUCAGGUGGCGGCGGGCAGGUCCAGGAAACCAGUGGGGCGACCCAGCAAGCAGAUGCUGAAGCUGCGAGAGGAGGCGGCCACCGCCGCCGCAUUCCGUAAACGCAAGGCCCCGUCGCAGGAAGGAGAGCACUCUGGCCCUGAGAGGAACUGCAUCAUCCUGCAGGACAGGGGACCCCCACCUUCCUCCUACUCCUCUUCCUCCUCCAAGGCCCCCUCUUCCUCCCUCCACCCUCAUGGACAGACCAAUGGCACUCUCUCCCCCAGCAGUAAGCCCCGCCCCCAGCCGCCCCCCUCUGAGUCCCACUCCCCUGCCGCCAAGGCGGUGUGGACUUACAAGCGGACUCUCCCCCCUCUGAGCCACGCCUCCCCCCCAGACCUCUCCCCUGCCACUAACUCCCACAGUCGGACCGGUGUGGGGGACUCGGGGCUGCUGGGCCAGGGCGGCGGGGGGAGGACCUUUCUGGAACAUCGGGGACUGAAGAAACGGAAGGGGGGAGGCAUGGAGGAACAUCCGCCCUCAUCCAGACUCUCAGUGCCGCGCCUGCCUUCGUCCUCCUCCAGCUCUGGCUCCUCAUCCUCGCCACGCUCCACUUUCUACCCCUGGAAGGACAGCAAGAGUGGCGGUCUGGACGGAGACAUGGACAAGAAGCUGGCCUCACAGAAGCCAAAACUGCACCAUUAAGUGUGCUUGCCUUACAAGCCACUAGGAGGGAGCCAGCUCCACUCAAUCUGUGACUGGGCCAACAGGACUCUGUGUGAGUGGGAGUGUGUGUGUAUGUAUGUAUGUAUGUGUGUGCCUUUGUCUGCCGAGCGUCCGCUCCAGUGUGAAUGGGCCGGGUUGUGUUUGUGCCGUAUUGACCUGUCGGUGUGCUGCGUGAGGACGGAUGAACAUGGGAUGAACCAUAGAGUAUGGAUUUAGAAAUACCUCAAGACCAUCUGGUUAUGCUGCUAAAUUGAAUAUGUUGGUUUAUUAAAAGAAAUUUAUUAAAAAUGUCAUUUUCACUUG